AUGGUAGUUAUACCGCAGACGAGUAACGUCAUGAACAAUACCUCGACAAAUUUCAGCGACAAUUAUGAAGUCAAGGAGGAGCUCGGGAAAGGUGCGUUUUCGGUAGUGCGAAGAUGUGUACAGAAACGAACUGGUAUGGAGUUUGCUGCAAAAAUCAUUAAUACGAAGAAACUUUCCGCACGUGAUUUUCAAAAACUGGAAAGAGAAGCUCGAAUAUUGCGAUUACACGACAACAUACAAGAAGAAGCUUUUCAUUAUCUUGUUUUCGAUUUAGUGACCGGCGGUGAACUGUUCGAAGACAUAGUUGCUAGAGAGUUUUAUAGUGAAGCCGAUGCGAGUCACUGUAUCCAGCAAAUUCUAGAAUCAAUCGCCUAUUGCCACUUGAACAAUGUGGUUCACAGAGAUCUCAAGCCUGAAAAUCUCUUACUUGCAAGCAAAGCAAAAGGUGCAGCAGUGAAAUUAGCAGAUUUCGGGCUUGCAAUUGAAGUACAGGGAGAUACGGAAGCAUGGUUCGGUUUUGCAGGCACACCCGGUUAUUUAUCACCAGAAGUGCUCAAAAAGGAUCCUUAUGGAAAACCGGUUGAUAUAUGGGCAUGCGGAGUUAUCCUUUAUAUUCUUCUUGUUGGUUAUCCACCGUUUUGGGACGAAGACCAACAUCGCUUAUAUGCACAAAUAAAAGCGGGUGCUUAUGAUUAUCCAAGCCCUGAAUGGGACACGGUUACUCCUGAAGCUAAGAAUUUAAUCGAUAAUAUGUUAACGGUUAAUCCAAAGAAACGAAUAACUGCAGAACAAGCUUUAAAAGUUCCGUGGAUUUGUAAUCGUGAACGUGUUGCCUCAGUAAUACAUCGCCAGGAUACUGUGGAUUGCUUGAAGAAAUUCAAUGCUAGGCGAAAACUAAAGGGUGCAAUACUUACAACGAUGAUUGCUACACGAAAUUUAUCAAGUCGUAAUUUACUCAAUAAAAAGGAAGCACCACCGAGUACCAUAAAAGAAUCAUCGGAAUCAUCACAAACAAUUGACGAUCAGGAUUCUGACAAAGCGGGAAAGACGCUGAGCCACGAGAAUACGGUUGUACGAGUGGAUACGACCCUUAAACAGCAGCGAAAGGCGGCUGGAAUAAGCAGCAAUAUGGGCAGCCCAUUUCCAGUUCAGAAACAGGAGAUUGUUCGUGUAACACAGCAACUAUUGGACGCUAUUUCAUGUAAAGAUUACGAGUCCUACUCAAGACUCUGUGACCCAUCGAUGACAUGUUUUGAGCCAGAAGCACUUGGUAAUCUAAUUGAAGGAAUGGAUUUCCACAAAUUUUAUUUUGAUAAUAAUAGCGGAACACGCGGGCCAAAAAUCCACACGACAUUGCUCAAUCCGAAUGUGCACCUAAUGGGUGAUGAAGGCGCAUGUAUCGCUUACAUUCGUUUAACGCAGUUCAUUGAUAAGAAUGGUGAUGCCCGAUCAAGGCAGGCACAAGAAACACGCGUGUGGCAUAAACGUAAUGGACGAGGUUGGGUAUGCGUUCAUGUUCAUCGGACCGGUGCACCAUCUUCCGUAACUACGGCUGACUGUCAUUUCUAG